AUGGCCUCAGCAGUUAUUAUCGACCCUUAUUGCCUCCUCCGGGCAGCUCCACUUGCAACAAGCACCGGAAGUCUCGUUCUUGCUACUAGCGAACUCAUAUUCUACUCCGGGCUGGUUCAGCCGCCGAUUCGUAAGAAGUCCGACUCGAUUCUCGCAGAUUAUUGGCGUUAUAUAUUCCCGAGAGGAGUGAGCCUCGUACUAGUCCUCAAUUUCACGACGAUCGGUACUUCGCUAUGCAAUAUUCUUUGGACGAAUCCUUGCUCCCGACCGCUGCCUGUGUCUCGCACAACGUUCUACUGGGCUGGCCUUAUUGGGGCCAUUGGGCAUCUGGCUUUUGUACCGUUCGUCGCACCGCCGAUUCAACGCAUUCUUAACAAUACCGACCCCGACCCCGAAGCCGAAGCGAGUAAGGAGAUGGACACUUGGCUGGGAGUACAUCGCAUUCGCAUGUUGGUGGCGGAUAUACCUGCCUGGUUGGCGUAUGUGGGUGCUGCCAUGUUGAUUGAUCCGUGA